AUGGCGAUUGCCGUGACGGUGGCGGCGACCGUGGAGACCGUAGCUCAGGCGGAGCAGGGUGCUACAAUUGUGGCGAUUCCGGUCACUUUGCUAGGGAUUGCGUUCAGAAAUCAAGUGGAAACGUUGGUGGUGAACGUAGAGGUGCAGGAGGAGAAGGGUGCUACACUUGCGGUGACACCGGUCACUUUGCUAGGGAUUGCGUUCAGAAAUUGGGUGGAAACGUCGGAAGCGGCGGUGACCGUGGGAGUGGCGUUGGAGCGUGCUAUACAUGCGGCGGAGUUGGUCACAUGGCCAGAGAUUGUGCGACUAAGAGACAGCCUGGUGCUUGUUACGAGUGUGGUGGUGCUGGUCACCUGGCUCGUGAUUGUGACAGGAGAGGAAGCGGUGGAGGCCGUGGAAACGCCGGUGGAGGUGGCGGCAAGUGCUACAAGUGCGGCGAAGGAGGUCACUUUGCAAGAGAAUGCUCUGUUGCUUGAUUGCUUCCCUAAUCAACAAACAAAAGGAUGGAAAACGAAUUCGAAGGACCAAUUAUUGGAUACUGACAAGGUUCCUUGUGGUUCUUGUCUGAAACAGAAUCUCGUGGAUGAGUUACCUGCUUUGUACAGUCACGGCCAACUAGAUUAA